UCGCAACUGUUUCUGCUCAGGACUGGGAGCUCAAAGUCAAGCUGGAUCUUCGUCUGCCUUUGCCUUUGCCUUUUUCCCCUAUCAUCACUCUCUCUCUCUCUCUCUCUGGUUUUUCUAGUUUGGCUCUGCAAUCUCGUUUCGAGGCUCGCGAUCGCCGGUGGCCGGCGUCGUUCCACCAUUAGAUUCCGUCAGGUUGAUUUCGAGUUGAUCGGCCCCGGAUCUUUUGUGCUCUUCUCGGAAGGGUUGCGCCUUGAUUGUCGGCUUCUUUCGCCUUUCGAGGUCGAAGGCGUGAGCUUCUAUGUGCAGAUUUGGUGUUGAGAACGAGAGUGUGCAAAUAUGCUGGGGAAUGAGAGGAAAACAAUUGAUUUAGAACAAGGAUGGGAGUUUAUGCAAAAGGGUAUACUGAAGCUCAAGAAUCUCCUUGAUGAAGGGCAUCCUGAGACUGAGUUCAGCUCAGAAGAAUUCUUUAUGCUCUACACUACUAUUUACAAUAUGUGUACUCAAAAGCCUCCGCAUGAUUACUCCCAGCAACUGUAUGACAAGUAUAGAGAAGCUUUUGAAGAGUAUAUCAUGUCAACGGUAUUGCCAUCUUUAAGAGAGAAGCAUGACGAGUUUAUGUUGAGAGAGCUUGUCAAAAGGUGGGGGAAUCAUAAGGUUAUGGUCAGAUGGCUUUCUCGUUUCUUCUAUUAUCUAGAUCGCUACUUCAUUGUAAGGAGAUCACUGCCACCCCUUAAUGAAGUUGGCCUGACCUGCUUCCGUGAACUGGUAUAUCAAGAGUUAAAGGUCAAAGUAAGUGAUGCCGUGAUCUCAUUGAUUGAUAAAGAACGUGAAGGCGAGCAAAUUGAUCGAGCUUUAUUGAAGAAUAUACUGGAUAUAUUCGUGGUGAUUGGCAUGGGACAAAUGGAUUAUUACGAAAAUGAUUUUGAAGCAGCUUUGCUGAAAGAUAGUGCUGCUUAUUAUUCCCGUAAAGCUUCAAGUUGGAUUUCAGAGGACUUCUGUCCUGAUUAUUUGUUGAAGGCGGAGGAGUGCUUAAAACAAGAGAAAGAUAGGAUUUCUCAUUACUUGCAUUCUAGCAGUGGACCCAAGCUACUAAAGAAAGUUCAACAUGAAUUGUGGUCUGUAUAUGAAAGCCAACUAUUUGAAAAAGAGCAUUCGGGAUAUCAUGCAUUACUCACAGGUGAUAAGGUUGAAAAUUUGUCAAGGAUGGUCAGGGUUUUCUCGAAAGUAGAAACAUUUUUGGAUCCGCUUGCUAACGUAUUCAAGCAGCAUGUCACUGCCGAGGGCACUGCCUUGGUCAAACAAGCAGAAGAUGAAGCUGACAGCAGGAAGGCCAAUAAGAAGGAUGUAGGCUUGCAGCAACAGGUUUUCAUGAGGAAAUUGAUUGAGCUGCAUGAUAAGUAUAUGGCAUAUGUGAAUGGACAUUUCCAGAACCACAUCCUUCUCCAUAAGGCAUUUAAGGAGGCUUUUGAGGCCCUUUGCAACAAGGGUGUCAGCGGAAGCUCAAUUGCAGAGCUAUUGGCUACUUUUUGUGACAAUAUACUUAAGAAGGGAAGUAGUGAAAAAUUGGGUGAUGAAACCACUGAAGAAAUGCUUGAAAAGGUAGUAAAGCUGCUCUCAUAUAUCAGUGACAAGGAUCUUUUUUCUGAGUUCUAUAGGAAGAAGCUUGCCAGACGACUUCUCUUUGAUAAGAGCGCCAAUGAUGACCAUGAGAGAAGUAUGCUGAUGAAAUUAAAGCAGCAAUACAGUGGUCAGUUGACAUCAAAGAUGGAAGGGAUGGUUACAGAUUUGACGUUAGCCAAGGAAAACCAGACUAGUUUUGAAGAGUAUCUCAGUAAUAAUCCAAAUGCAAAUCCUGGCAUUGAGUUGACAGUCACGGUUCUGACUGCUGGUUUUUGGCCAAGUUACAGGUCCUUUGAUUUGAACCUUCCAGCAGAAAUGGUAAAGUGUGUCAAAGUUUUCAGGGAAUUCUACCAGACCAAAACAAAGCAUCGAAAGUUAACAUGGAUUUAUUCAUUAGGGACUUGUAACAUUAUUGGUAAUUUUGAGCCAAGAUCCACAGAGCUGAUAGUGACGACAUCUCAGGCCUCAGCUCUGUUGUUAUUCAACUCUUCUGAUAGACUGAGUUACUCAGAGAUAAUGACCCAAUUGAAUUUGACUGAUGAUGAUGUUGUGAGGCUUCUCCACUCCUUAUCAAGUGCCAAGUACCAGAUCCUUAACAAAGAACCAAAUACAAAGAGCAUUGCUCCUACUGAUCACUUUGAGUUCAACUCCAAGUUCACUGGCAAAAUGCAGAGGAUCAGGAUUCCUCUUCCUCCUAUGGAUGAGAAGAAGAAAGUGAUAGGAGAUGUUGAUAGGGAUCGGAGAUACGCAAUCGAUGCCUCAAUUGUGCGUAUCAUGAAGAGUCGAAAAGUUUUGGAUCAUCAGCAGCUGGUCAUGGAGUGUGUCAAGCAGUUGGGUCCCAUGUUUAAGCCUGAUCUCAAGGCAAUCAAGAAAAGGAUUGAGGACUUGAUCAGUCGAGACUAUUUGGAGAGAGGCAAGGACAACCCCAAUUUGCUCAGGUAUCUGGCAUGAUAUUUUCUGGAUGAUCGUCCAGAUUGAGUGACUUCUCUUACAAUGGCGUGGGAACAAGUUCGAGAUCCCAUUGGUGGCGGUGCUGAAAACAGUGUAAUUGCGUCUCUCCUCUGUGCUGGGAAGUUAAGACCUCAGAAUGCUUGUACAUUUUGUCUACACAACUGAGCGGGAGUAGCUAGAGUUUGUGUUUUUGCCAUGUUGGUGAAAAUUCUGAAAAAUUUGAAGGGAUGAGUAUAUGAGAAGUGCUAAAAAAUUUCGAGAAAAUACCAUUGAGUAAUAAAAUUUUGAAAAGUACAAUCAAGCCAAACUUAUUAAAGUGGCGUGUUCAAUCAA